AUGUCCACUCUUCGUCUCGAAUUUGACAUUGGCCUGAACUUACACAACCCCGCUGAUGACGAUUCCCUUCUACCGAUUGUCCUGCAUCGUCUCACCUCAUCUGGCGAAUCGCCCGAUGGUCCCUCUCUGUCGGAAACAUUCUAUGUGCGACAGGGCAAUAGAAUCCAUCGGGGUCGUGCGGCACACGUAUGGGCCGGAAAGAUGCAGAAGGGAGACGGGCGCCUCAUUGAUAUAGUGCUCAAAAUUACAAUUGGUAGAGACCGGCACGUCGACCUCAUCAAGGAAGCAAAUUUCUACCAGAAUGAACUCGCCGCUGUUCAAGGCAACAUUGUUCCUCGUUUCUACGGUAUUUUCCAAGGACACAUUCGCACUCUCCUUAUGACUUGCAUGGUGCUGGAGCACUGUGGCGAGCAUAUGACUAAAGCUCAGCACGAGGAUAUGGAUUUCAAAGUGGAGCUCAUUAGUCGCUUGGGCUAUCUGCACAGCAUCUGUGGUGUCGAACACGGCGACGUCUGCAGUAGUAACAUACUGGUGAAAGACGGCUUCCCUGUCAUCAUCGACUUCGAGUGUGCGCAACCACAUAGGUGCGAGAGAAAGAUGACAAUCGAAGUAGGAAAGCCAUGGCCACCGGUGUUGGACUUCGGCUGUUUCGAACUAUAUGAUGUGGCUAGGGACUUCGAACUAUGGGGGCCCGCUAUCGUCGAAUUCUUAGACGAUUGCAUUUCGGUCCGCCAGAUCACGUCCGCAAAGCAGUUGGUGGACCUGACAUUGCACAAUGAUUAUACUGACCGGGCGAAGGCAUUGGAGGACGCACAGGAGCUUGUGCAGUAUCUCGUCGGGAUGGGCACACUGCCCGAGUCAGUGUUAAUGGAUUAG